AUUCUAUGCAUAUAAAACGGGAGACAAGUUUGCACUUGUAAAAUUUAUCUAAUAAGUGCCUGAAUUGACUACCCUAAUCGAAUUUGUUUGGAGCUUCAGUGGAAUUAUCGUUGAUGGAUAUACAUUUGAAAAUAUCAAAAAUGAAAAUGACUUAACUGUAUCUCUAUAAUCAGUAGCGGAAUUUUUCGUAUAUUAUUUCGGCUAACAAGUUUCGAAGCCCCAUUUGAGCUUUGGCUCUACUACCUGUGUACAUACUUGGGAUUGGUGAGGGUAUCAAGUUAACACAUGUCAGCUGAAGAGGUGGCUCGUGUUACUCCAGACUUGACAGGCUUGUUAUCUACUUCAAUACCACCCCCGGGAUUUUCAGUUGGCGGUUCCACAACUUCAUUGGGUGAUUUGACAAUAACCACUCCAGGUUCCAGUUCCAUUAACUGCAAAUCGCUAAGUAUUGGUUAUCAUCCUCAUUGGCCUGCUGCACUCCCUGAUCUCAAUCUGUCUGUUUUUCAAGAUGGCGCUCCUCAGCUCCCUGAUACACUCUGUCUAACUGAUGAUGAUGCACUUGAUAUAGCUGCCAACUGUGCUAACUCUACGGGUGUAUGCUUGGAUAUGCAAACAAAGGAAAACAUUGAUGAUUGUAGCUCUGAUUUACCCCAUCACUUUCACAAUCUAUCCAUAAUCGGCUCUUCUCGGGCUAAUCAGAUCUGGGCUGUUGGUGCAGAGCGUCGAAUAAGUACAACACCUGGAAGUGAUACUGCUGGGGGAAGCAAUUGCAGUUCUGGGCUGCUUUCUUGUUUCGGAGACUCACAUUGUAGUGUUGGGUCAGGCAAUUUCAGUGCCAACGGAGUAAAUUACAAUAGCGCAGCCAGUGGAGAGGCUCAUUCGUUUGCGGGUAGUGGAGUCACUGGGGACAUAACUCCCCUACCCGGACAGCUUGGACACCUCACUGCUUCCAACGGAACAGCCGUCUCUGGAAGGUUAGAGAACCAACACUCUCAAGAAAACGCCAACAUGGCACCAUUUGAUUUGUUAUCCAUCUGGGAACCUCGCCAAAACAAUUCACAUCACGUUUGGUUACCUGAUCCUUCACAGGAUCCAGUUACAGCAAAUACAACCGUAGGAAAUUGCGCCGCCACCAGAAAUGAUUGUCAGGAAGAACAAGAUAAUCAUAACCAUUUAGGUUUAGGAAUUGAUAAUGGAGCCGAAAAUGAAGUGCUCCCAUGGAAUUGGGAUACAGCUUGUGGUUUAGCGAAUACAACUUCAUGGCGUGAUUUGUUUCCCGAAUGUAAAGACUCCGAACCGACUAACUUACCGUAUAACAACUCAGAAACCGAUGGUAUAAACCAUUCAAAUGCACCAGAGUUUGGAGCUCAUGCACCUUCAGGUCUGUGGUCAUCAACUAUACACAACGUUACGUCAUCUAUGUCAAUUUCAGCAUCUUCGCCUCUGAGCACACAACCUGCCAUUCUUUUUGGGUCUGCAAUGGGCCUUGUUUCGGAAUCGAAUGACAUCGACACCUUACAACAUUCACAUCGAGUUCUUCAAGAUCAGUCUGACGCAUUUAAUGACGUUACAAUGCCUAGAUCAAAUGCAUCAUUGUUUGCACAAUCUAAUUCUACUUUGAUCAAUUCUCGUCCAACUGCUUUUCGUGGCUCAUCAGUAUCCAAUUCUGAUUUGAAUUCCAUGUCCGAUACCAUUACAUCAAAUCUAUUCCCAUUACCUUCAAGUACAGCCAUGCCAAAUUCAUUGCUUGCUAUUCCUCCACUGUUUCUUUUCGGUCAGUCAGCUGAGUCUGAGUGUUCAGGACUUAUCACACCUUCAGCAAACAUCAGUACUUUACCAGCAUCAUCAACACCUCUUCAAAUUCCUGUUUCCUUUGUUGGUGGUCAAGGUUCUGCUUUCGGACCACCCUUUCAGCUAAGUGAGGCUCACAUUAUGAAUGAUAUUUAUACAAAAUAUCCAGGUAUUUUGCCGCCACCUGGCUUAUGUGCUGUUAGUUCACCUUCAUCGAGUAAUUGUACUACACCAACUUUAUCCUCAGUUGCGGCUGUAUCAGCCACAUCUUCCGUUUCUCAGUUACCACCAGGAAAUUUCGAAGGAAAUCCACUUUGUGAAUCCAGUGUUGUAAACAACAAUAAUUUUCCAUUUGGUUAUAAUAUGCCGCCCACAUCUCAACUAAAUAUGAUGGACCCGCAAUCAAUGGCUAUGGCUAUGACACUUUUUAUGUCACAAGGAGGUGCAGCUAAUAAUAAUAACAAUAAUAAUAGUCAGAUUCCUCCACCACUUUCACAAGCACCACAAUGGAAUCAUGUUGCAUUUAUGAUCAUGCAACAAUUAGCUAAUGGUAUGGCAAACAAUCCAGGCUGUGUUGUAUCAUCAGCUCCGAAUACAGUUAUUGAUAAUAUUACACCAUCCGCAAACGGUAAUAAUAUCGUAGAUCAAUCACGUCUUGCCGCUGGAGCUUUUGCUUUUUUCCAAGCUCAACAACAGUUAAUGAAUGCUGCACAACAACAACGACAUAGCACUGCUCUGAGUGGUGGUAGCGUUGUAUCAAAUAACUCUUCAAAUUGUAUUGCUCCAACUGUUACUUCGUCGACACCCCUAGUUGCUCCGUUCACAUCUAGUGUUGUCACAAAUUCAUCUAAUUAUUUUGGAGGCUUGUAUUCUUCCGGUUCAGUUGUUGCUGGAUUAAACCCGGGCAACUUUUCGAUACCUAAUGGAAUAAAUCUAUUACCACCAGUUGGUCUUCUACACCCGGAAGCAAGCGGUAGUCCCAACUCGGUGGCUGGAGAUGUAUCUAGUUACAGUCGUAUGCCUAUUUCGCAACCCCCUGGAGCUUUAGCUGUUAGCAUGCAUAUUUCUCCAACAUCACCAUCAGGACUUCAAAGACCUCCUUUAUCUGUUUCAACCGGGUUUUCAUCAGCCACACCAUAUCCAUUCAAUUUCGAUGGUGUGAACAUUACUACAUCUACUCCACUCGUUGUUACCACUGUGUCUAGCCGAAGUCAACUUUUGGAGGAUUUUCGAAAUUCAAGUGCACGAUUCCAACACGUGCACCUGUCGGAGUUACGUGAUCAUAUGGUCGAAUUCGCCCGUGACCAACAUGGAUCUCGAUUUAUACAACAGAAAUUAGAGACCGCUACUACCGCUGAAAAAAAUUCAGUCUUUAAUGAAAUACUACCACAUUCUGGCAAACUAAUGACUGAUGUAUUUGGAAACUAUGUGAUACAAAAGUUUUUUGAAUUCGGAACAAAAGAGCAAAAAGAACUUCUCUCUCAACGUUUACAAGGUCACGUCGUUGAGUUUGCUACUCAAAUGUAUGGUUGUCGUGUUAUACAAAAAGCAUUAGAAUCUGUACCAGCCGAGGCAAAAAUACACAUAGUUGGUGAACUGAGACCAUUUGUAACACGAUGUGUAAAAGAUCAAAACGGGAAUCAUGUUAUUCAAAAAUGCAUUGAAUGUGUUCCACCUUCAGAACUUGAUUUUAUUAUUUCAGCUUUUCGUGGCCAAGUGGUUUUACUUUCAUCACAUCCCUAUGGUUGUCGAGUUAUUCAGCGCAUUUUGGAACAUUGCCUACCGGAACAAACACGUCCUAUUCUUGAUGAACUACACAAAGGUGUGGAACAUUUAGUCAAAGAUCAGUAUGGAAAUUACGUCAUUCAACAUGUUUUAGAGCAUGGUUCAAAUGAGGAUAAAUCACGUAUUAUUCAAAGUCUACGUGGUCGUGUAUGUGCUUUAAGUUCGCAUAAAUUUGCAUCGAAUGUUAUGGAGAAAGCGAUUGCCAACGCUGUACCAUCUGAAAGAGCUGUAUUAAUUGAAGAAAUUUUACAUCCAAUCUCUAAUGUGAAUAUUAAUGGAGAUGCCUCGUCAGUAACAACUAAUAACAUCUCUUCAUCAUUAGUUGAUAUGAUGAAAGACCAAUAUGCAAAUUACGUAGUUCAACGUAUGCUAGAAUUAGCUGAUACUGAACAACGUCGUGUAUUAAUUAACCGAAUCCGUCCUAUGCAAAAUGUUCUACGCAAAUUCAAUUAUGGUAAGCAUAUCAUAGCUAAAUUAGAAAAAUAUAACAAUGUAGCUGGGAAUAACACCACUACCGGAAAAAGUUCAUCUGCAAAUAAUAAUAACAAUACUAAUUUAUUAGUUCCAAAUAAUCCUUCCACCAAUCAUGUUUCUAAAACUUCCAAUAAUAGUAGCAGUAAUAACGGCAGUGGUAACAACAAUGGCAGUUGUAAUAAUACCAACAAUAGUAAUAAUGGUGGGACCCCAGUGGUCAACAAAUCAGCUGGUUCGAACUCUGAAAGUAAUGGUAUGAAUACAUCACAACAAAACGAUUCUUCUACUACCACCAUCACAACAACAACAACUACACACAAAUCAUCAAAUGACAAAUCUAAUCAUCGAACGUAGAGUUUAUUACUAUUGCAACUAUAAUAAUCUGUGUUGCUUUAUGCUACCACUACAGUGUAACGACGAACAGGGAUAAGCGAAUUGGAGCACCGUUUAAUAUUAAUUUCUUAUUUGCCCAUAUUCCAAAUAUAUUUAUUAGUUUAGUUUUGUCUCUUCAUAUACAUAUAUAUAUAUAUAUACUGUUUGUGGAUUGUUAUAAUUCUCUUAUUUUUGAAUUUUCUUCUUCAACAACCAGUCGUUCGACUCUGUCGUUACAUAAUGUACACUAACUAGCUUUCGUUUUCUUGUCUUUAUUGUAAAAAAACAACACAACACCAACAAUACAUCUCGCUUCUUGUCAUUUUGAUAUGCACUCAUUACGUGUUUGCAGUCGCUUUGAACUACUACUUGCACAUCACUAAUUCUUCACUAUCAUCAUCAGCUUAUAACAUCUUUCUGACAUAUGUUUUCUGAUACGGAUCGCUUCAUAGACAAUUGUAGCUUGAAAAUUCCCCCAUUCCUUGUUUAUUUAUUUGUUUGUAAAUGUCUCUUGGCUGAAUACAGUGAAAUUAAUGUGUGUGUGUGUGUAAGUUUCAUUGUGAUAUGAACAAAGCAUUAUCUCUUAGCCUUAGUUUAAGCUUUUGUUUUAGUGCUUAUUCAUGUAGUGAAAGCCACUCUUUGUAUCUAUUUAUAUAUAAAUGUAAAUUUUGUUAUACAACUAGUCCCUUCUGUUUGUCUGCCUGUUUCUUCAAUCUCAAUUUGUUACCGAUGAUAUAUAUAUAUAUAUAUAUAUAU